AUGACUGCGAGUUCAGCGCGGUCCACAUGUUAUGUUCAGUCAGUUAUCCAUCAAAGGCAUCCCAUAGCAUUGGACACACACAGCGCUGUGUUCACUGUUCGAGGUAGUCGACAAGAACAAGAUCACGACCGUGUCGUCGCUGUUGUUGUCGUUAUUGCUGAUCAUGCUUACAGACUCGGAUCUAGUGGUAUUCACGACCGACUUGGCCGUGCUCAUCACGCUCAGGCUCUCGGGUGGCGCCUUGGGCCCGAACAGAUGACAUCUUGGUGUGUGUUCUCGCCCUUGUUCGACAUCAACUCCCUCACCAUGUUCUCAUGCCUCUUCAUCAUCGCCUUCAGAUCUGCGUUCUCAGACAUUGUCCUGGACACCUUGGGUUUCAGCGUCUCGAUCGGGUUCAUCGUCGUCACUAUAACCCUCGCGUCGUUCGGGUCCUCGUUGCUCACGGUCCAUCAAGUCGAAGUUGACUACGUUCGGCUCUCCGGCAACGCCCUUAGUGGUGUGUUAACGACUCCGGGGUCGGCCGUGAGCGUCAUGUUUGACCUGUCCGUGGUUGUCUGGGGCGAGGAUCUCGAUGAUAGUCGCGAUCUUCCUCAUGUCCGUGACCCAGAUCUUAUGCGAGUCAUCGUUCACCCUCACAUACCCGUCAUUGCAUAA